CCAGCCUCACUCACUAGUCGCGUCACCAGCUACUUGUUCAAGUCUCAUCAUGAAGCUGCUACUGCCUCUGCUACUAGCCUUGUGCAUCACCACAACCUGGGCUACGCCGGUUGCCCACCACGUCGGUGGUUUCCCUAACCACCACCAUGGUGUUGGUGGUGGUAGUCAGGGCUACCAUCACUCUGGUGGAUCAGCGUCGGGAGGAUUUGUGGUAGCUGGUGGUGGUCACGUGUCUGGUCAUGAAAGUGGUGGAUACCAGAGCGGUUACCAUCGCGGAUAGUUACUAACGCUGUGGUUGUUAGUUGAGUUCUAGAAAUUAUAUUAUUAUAAAUUCUGGAAAUUUUAUUACUAUGAAU